UAACGGAUUUAUUUUCGGAUUCAGACACACAGCUCUUUACCAGCUGAUGGCCCAAUGUCUUCAUCAAAAUAAAAAAGUAAAAUUCAGGAUGAAAACGUUGUUGUUGCUGCUUCUCUUGUGUCAUGUUUCAUCAUCAGCGAAACACUCACUGAAAUUUUACACCACUGUCUCCUCUGGAGUCCCAAACCUUCCAGAGUUUAUGAUCGUAAUACAGGUUGAUGACAUCCAGGUUGUUUACUGUGAUGGCAGCAACAAGAUAUUUGAAACAAGACAGGACUGGAUGAAAAUAUUAGUUGACGACAAUCCUCAAAUCUGGACAAGGGGGACUCAACAGUGUUUUGAGGUUCAACCUCCCCUCUACAAAAGCAGACUGAACAGUUUGAUCCAGCUCUUCAACCACACUGAAGGUUCAGGUGUUCACAUUUUACAGCUUUUGGACGGUUGUGAAUGGGAUGAAACAACUGGAGAGGUCACUGGUUUUCUAAGUUAUCAUUAUGAUGGAGAAGACUUCAGUGAACUGGAUCUGAAGUCAUUGACGUGGACCGCUCUGAGACCAGAGGCUGAUAUUAUCAAACAGAAAUGGGAUGAAGAUACAGUUAGAAUGAAAUACAAUGAGCAAUUACUCACUCAAACUUACCCUGAGCUGUUGAAGGGCCAUUUGAAGUAUGGGAACAACUCUCUGCUGAGAACAGACGUCCCCUCAGUGUCUCUCCUCCAGAAGACUCCCUCCUCUCCAGUCAGCUGCCACGCUACAGGUUUCUACCCUGACAGAGCCUUGUUGUUCUGGAGGAAAGAUGGAGAGGAGAUUCAUGAAGGAGUGGAACAUGGAGAGAUCCUCCCCAACCAUGAUGGAUCCUUCCAGAUGAAUGUUGACCUGGACAUUUCAUCAGUCUCACCUGAAGACUGGAGGAGGUACGACUGUGUGUUUCAUCUCUCUGGUGUGGAGGACGACAUCAUCACCAAACUGGAUGAAACACAGAUCAGAACCAACCGGGAGCAGCCCAGUAACAUGACCACCAUCAUCAUCAUCUCUGCAGUGGUUGUUGCUGUCGUCGUCUUUGCAGCAGCUGCUGGAUUCAUGGUUCAUAGAAAGAAACAAGACCAAAAGGCUCCACCUGAUCCUGUCUAUGAGAUGCCUGUUGUGUAGUAGAAUGAUGUUUGAUCCGAUUGAUCAGCUGUACUGAUCCUUGACCGUUGUACUACUAAGACGUUGGUUAAGGACUUUUUAAACCUCAUUGAAUCUUUUAAUCUGGUACAGUCUGACAGGUUCCACACAGGAGUUUACAAAGUUCAGCUUUAUUUGAGUUGUAUUGUCAGACUUUUAAACCUCCUGUGAAAGCAUUGAGAACUGAAAGCAUCUACACCUGAGACUGAAACAUGACUGAAUGAAUCUAAUGAACAAAGAGCACAGGUGGAAAAAAAGACGUGUAAAGGAAAAUCUGUAGAUGUACCAGAAAACAUUUUAUUCUUAAGAAUUCUCUUUUUAACACUAUAAAUGCUGCUCUUAACACCACCCACUGUGAUUGUCUCAACUUUGUUUACGAUAUUUCCUAGAGGUGUUUCGUUCUGGUCUUAAGUCUUCAAAGCACCAACGCUGGUCUUUUAAAGGUUUUUAAUGAUCUUUUAUUAGUUUCUGAGUCAGAUGACUCUGUUUUUGACACUGUAGACCACAGCCGCAGUGUGUGGGCAUCAAAGAUACAGCUCUGGAGUGGUUUAGGUCCAACAGGAGCUUCUCUGUUAGCCUUGAUGAUGCAGUUUCUGUCUCUGUGUCCCUUCCUUGUGGAGUCCCCCAGGGAUCUAUUCUUGGGCCGAUUUUUUUUUUCCCUGUACAUGCUCCUCUUAGGCUACAUCCUCAGGAAGUACGCCGUCUCAUUACAUUUUUAUAAAGAUGAUACACAACUCUACCUGACCUUCAAACGAAAUGAUUUUAAUUCCCUAAAACCAUCCUGGACUGGACAAUAAUGAUCGGAUGGACUUAAUUUCUUAAAUGUCAACAAAAGUAAAACUGAGGUCAUGAUGUUUGGAUCUAUUGGUGCCUGUGAGGCUCCUCAUAUAUAAGUUCCCUCCUCCUAUAUGUCAAACCCUCUGUUACAAACCUAAGUGUGAUUGUAAUGAGUGAUUUUAAACUGGAGAAACUGAUUCUUCCACCUGAGGCUUUUAUCCUAAACUCAAGUCUCGUAGGAGAUGGUUCUUCCUCAGGUGCAGCCCCCUCUAUCUGGAACACUUUACCUUUAUGUAUUAGGUGGCCUAGACACUGCCUGUUAUUAAACCCAUUCUUUAUGGGGUUUUUUGUUGUUGUUUUUACAUGUUUUUCAUGUGUUAGCUAUUUUUUACAUGGCUUGACAAGAACUUUUGUUGUUUUUAUAUGUGAUUCAUGAAUAAUUCACAUUGAUAGUGAUCUUGUUUUGCCUCUCUCUGUUCUCUUCCUCCUCUUUCUGAGCUCAUCUGAACUCUCUCGUGAAGAUCCUGAUGAAUGUUUGGAUAAAUGAUCAUCUGAGCUGUUUUAGUUCCUACAGUUAAUGAAGGUUGAGCUGACACAUUUUUACCUGUGAACACAUUCGGUGCAAUAAACAGCAUCUUAAAUAGU